UUUUCCAUGGCUACAAAUGGUGGGGAUCUUUCUCCCUCUGAAGGUUCAAGCAUCUCAGGAGGGUCCAAAGGAAAAGCUAUCAGAGAAGUGAUCGAACACCAGAAGAUGAAGAUGGUUCAAAUCACUCAUGAAGACUCUCUUCAUAAGCCGAAGAUCAAACUGGAUACGUUCAAAUUUGGAUUGAACAUCGCAGGUUGUUCUUCAUCUAAAAUAGACAUCAACAACGACAAAGGAAAAGAUCAUGAACGUCAUUGUCAUCACGAUGAACCUGAUCAUUAUGAUAAAAGAACACAGAAGACUUUCUGCUGCAACUUCUGCAAAAGAGAGUUUUCUUCCUCACAAGCCUUAGGAGGCCAUCAAAAUGCCCACAAACAAGAGCGUGCAAUCGCUAAACAACGACAAGUAGGGAUUAUCUCUGACCAUCAUUUCAGUGUUCUAGGGCGUCACUAUUCUCCACACUUUCCUCAUUAUAGUAAUUACCCCUAUUAUGCUAAUUACCCUCAGAUUAAUUAUGGGUCUUUCAGUUGUAAUAAUAGACCACUUGGGGUUAAAUUGGAGUCCAUGAUUCAUAAGUCGCCUCAGAAGUCUAGUUUUAUAUUUAGGCGUGAUCAUCAAACCCCAGGCAGGCUUAGGGCAAGUUCAGGAACUUUGAGGAUUGAAGAAAUUGGUAAUAUCAGUCCUCUGACUCGGCAAUUCGAGCAUAUUUCUUCUGCUCCAGCUGCUACCGAUAGUGCAAUUGGUGAUCAACAUAUCAAGGUUUUGCCACAGAAAGCUUUGAAAGAGGAGGACGAUAAUCUUGAUACUUCAGGCCUUGACUUGUCACUUAAGCUUUAA